CCCUCCCGUGGGCGUGCCGGCGGGGCCCUGACCGCGCCUCUCCCCGCAGGGGAGACCAUCCAGGGCCUGCGGAGCAGCCUGCGGGCCGCCAUCGACACCCUGUGUCGGGGGGACUCCUCGGUGGCCGUCUCCUCGGCCGGGGAGCUCUUCCUGCGCUUCAUCAGCCUCACCUCCCUGGAGUACUCGGACUACUCCAAGUGCAAAGAAAUCAUGAUUGAGCGUGGGGAGAUCUUCCUGAGGAAAGUCUCUCUCUCGAGGAACAAAAUUGCUAAGCUGUGUCAUCCUUUCAUCAGAGAUGGUGCUCGAAUAUUGACACAUGCCUACUCCAGAGUGGUGCUCAGAGUGUUAGAAGCAGCUAUUGAGUCAAAGAAGAGAUUCAGCGUUUAUAUUACUGAGUCACAGCCAGAUCAAGCAGGGCAAAAAAUGGCAAAAGCCCUGAGGAAGCUGAACAUUCCUGUGACUGUGAUUCUGGAUGCUGCUGUUGGCUACAUUAUGGAGAAAGUGGACCUGGUGCUAGUUGGUGCUGAAGGUGUAGUUGAAAGCGGAGGCAUUAUUAACAAGAUUGGCACUAAUCAAAUUGCUGUGUGUGCCAAAGCUCAGAAUAAGCCAUUUUAUGUGGUAGCAGAAAGUUUCAAGUUUGUAAGACUUUUCCCUCUAAAUCAGCGGGACGUUCCAGAUAAGUUUAAGUACAAAGCAGACACCCUGAAAACAAGUCAGAACCUCACAGAAGAGCACCCCUGGAUUGACUACACGCUGCCAUCGCUGAUCACGUUGCUGUUCACAGACCUCGGUGUCUUAACUCCAUCCGCCGUCAGCGAUGAGCUCAUUAAACUCUACCUGUAACAGGGGACUCGGGGGCAGGGUCUGUCAUCUGCAGGGGCUGGCACAGUCUGAAGAACUUGGAAGAUGAUAUGGACAUGAUAAGGAGACCAUGUUGUAAGGAUUCAUGUAAUUAU